AUAAGAGACCACCUCAAAACCAAAAGUUAAGCGUGGUUCAAUUGGGUAAUAGAAUAGUUACGGUGAACUUGGUCGCAUUUUGGAUGAUUAUGUUGUCAUUGUUCUUGAGCGGACAAAUAUAAAGAAAAGCCUCUUGUUUUGAAUCCCACAGACAGAGAUCUAAUUAUUGUUUCCCGUUGAUAAAGGGUUAUCUUUGGUGGAUGAUUUGUGAAACUUUGCUAGGAGAUAAUUUUUUACGUUUUAUUUACAAAUGGCAGCUUCAAGCGGCUCUGGUUUGGAAGGUCAGAAACAUGACCUCAGUUCUGACAUGGAGGAAGACAUGGAUCUAACGGAAGAUGAUUUCAGAAAUGUGUCUGGCCAGUUUUCAGGGGAAACAUCGAGAGUGGAAAUUAAGGAUGCUGUCAAUGUGAGUGUUGAAACCGUGAAAGUGGAUGUUAGUUCUAAAUCUGGUGUUAAAAGAUCCAGAACAACCUUCGACGAACAGCAACCUUCAGUCCAUGUUACUUAUAAACACUUAACAAGAUCUAGUAAGCAGAAGCUGGAAAGUUUAUUACAGCAAUGGUCAGAAUGGGAGGCAGAACAAAAUUCUUUGUCCGAGGAUCAAGAACAACAAGUACUAGAAUCUGGUGAUGAGACAUAUUUUCCUGCUUUGCGUGUGGGAUUGCAGAAGACAUCAUCUGUUUCAUUUUGGUUCGACUACCAAAAUGGUGACAAUUCUUCGAAGAAGUUAGUUCCUGUGGAAAGUAGCACCACCCCUCUUUAUAACCGUGGAUUUACAAUUGGUUUAGAUUCAGCCGCUGGUUCAAAUAACUUGGAAGGAGGCUUGGAGAUUAUUGAUGACCCUCCACGCUGCUUCAAUUGCGGCGCAUACAGUCAUUCCAUAAGAGAAUGUCCAAAGCCUUUUGAUCGAGUAGCAGUUAGUAAUGCUCGGAGGCAACAUAAAAGCAAAAGAAAUCAGAAUCCUGGAAUCCGUCUACCGUCCCGAUAUUAUGAGAGCCCUCAAGUUAGUAAAUAUGAUGGCUUGAAGCCUGGCUCACUUGAUCCAGAGACACGACAGCUUCUUGGUCUAAAGGAACUCGACCCUCCUCCAUGGCUACACAGAAUGCGAGAGAUUGGAUAUCCACCAGGAUAUUUUGCUGUAGAAGAAGAUCAUCUCUCAGGAAUCACUAUAUUUGGUGAGGAAGAGACUAAAAAAGAAGAGGAAGAAGUUAAGAUUGAGGACGGUGAAAUCUUGGAAAAUGCAAACCCUCCAGAGCCAAGAAAGAUAAUGACAGUUGGGUUUCCCGGGAUUAACGCACCCAUUCCAGAAAACGCAGAUUCGUGGCUAUGGGAACAGAGGAAUAACACAGCACAUAGUUAUUAUCAUGAUCACCGUCGACCACAGGACUAUAGAGACCAGACAGGCCCUCCAGGUGUUGCACUGUCUUCGAGCUAUCCUCCAAGGUAUGGCAUUAGAUAUGAUCACGGGUUCGUUUCAGGUCUAAGAAGCCCGGGAUCCGAAAUAUCGGAAUCAGAAAGAGUUAAGAGCUAUCAUUACUCUUUCUAUGAUCCAAAUUUCAAGUAGAGGGAGGCUAGUAGUGAUCCAUUUAGAUCUAGCAGCAGAAGAUGUAUUAAUUAGUGAGUGUGGGAUGUAAUGGUUGUUGUUUAGGGGAUUAAGUUUUAGCAUCAGUAUCCAAUUUUUGCUCGAAGUGAUCCAUUAGUUAAGAGCUACCCGCACUAUAGGAUGAAACAUUCAGGCCGAAGCCAAGUGGUCUAUGCACAAUGUUUGUUCGAACCAAAAGCUAUGUCCGUGGCCUUAAAAUGGUUAUGCUAGUUUGGUGUUGUAACAUGUCCAUCAAUGUGUAAGCCUUUUUGUUUUGUUUUGUUU